UUUUUUGUUAUUUUUAAGAAUUUGUUAAUAGAUUUUAAAAAAUUAAAAAAUCUCGUUCCUCGUUCUCGUUUAUUUUUGAAUUUUUUUCGAUGGCUUGCCAACCUGCCAAAUUAUUUUUUAAUUAAUUUAAAUUUAUUUUUUAGAAAAUUUUUUAAUAUUACCUCCUUUUCCCUUUAAUGGAUGAUGAUAUUUCGUCUGUUAUUUGUAACGAAAUUGUAGAGAAAAUAGAAGAUGAACAACAACAAAAUUUAAUUUCCCCUAGUGAAUGUCAACCUUCUACCUCCUCAACAACCUCUAAUUUUCAAAAUUCAAAUAAUUCUAAUCCAAAUUUAAUUAUCCAGGAAACUCCAAAUUACCCUUCAAUUCAGUGGAAAAAACCAACAAAAUCAAUGUUUCUAGUCCAACAAUUAAUUCGGAAGGGAAUAUCGCCUAGAGGCGUCCUUUCAAUUUUGUAUCCAAUGUAUUCUAUUCCAACAAAUAUACCUGACAUUUGGAUUUUACAACUUUUACAAGAAUUGUGUGAAAUUAGAAGUAGAGAGAAAUUGCCGCAAUGGAAUACUUUUGAGGAUGCUGUGGAAUUAAUUAGGCGUAGUAAAUCAAUAAUGAUUAUAUCAGGAGCUGGAAUUUCUGUUAGUUGUGGAAUACCCGAUUUUCGUUCAGAAAAAGGAAUUUAUGCUCGAUUAAAAGAUGAUUUUCCUGAAUUGCCUGAUCCUCACUCAAUGUUUGAUAUUGACUUUUUUCGUCGUAAUCCUCGGCCAUUUUAUGCUUUUGCAAAGGAAAUUUUCCCUGGCCAAUUCCGUCCUUCCAUUUCUCACAAAUUCAUUAAAUUUUUGGAAGAAGAAGGGAAACUUUUGAGAAAUUAUACUCAAAAUAUUGAUACUCUGGAACGCUUGGCUGGAAUAAAUAAUUUGAUUGAAUGUCAUGGUUUGAAAGGAUUAUUAAUAUUUAUAAAAAAAAUUUUUAAGGUUCUUUUGCUCGUUCAACUUGUUUAA